ACUUGAAGUUAUAUCGCCAAAUGCAACAUUUGGUUAUCGAAUAUUCUGUAAAAUAUCACAUAUCUUCAAAUCCUUGAGUUUUACUUUGUUUUUCUUUUUUUUGGCGAUCUUUUUUCCUGGUUUUUUUUUCUCUGUUAACAAAGAGAUACGUGUUGAUAUAAAUUAAGUAUCUGAUAUAAUUACUUUUCAUCUAAAUCUUUAAGUUAUUAAGAAAUCUAGGCAGACAAAAUCAGGAACUAUUCAAAUUUUACAGCAAGGAAAUUAAUAUUUUAGAGAAAGUAAAUUCUUUACAUUCACUAUAAGGUCAAUGCUACGGUCAAAUUUAUUUCCGACAAACAAUAUCAAUAUCUAAACUCGCCAAAAUUUACUCUAUAACAAGAAACAAUAAACAAUAGAUUGAAAAGAGCUCAUUUGUUUCCUAAAAGUCAAAGAGUACCAUACUGAACAUUAAUUAGAAUAGAAUUAAAAAUAGAAACUAGACAAACAUGCUCUCAAAAGAGGACAUAACACGCUGGAAAGAGAUUGGCUUGGGCCAUCUGGAAGAGGUCAGUAAACGUUUGUCAAGGCUAAAAAUAGCUGGGAUGAGGGUAUCAAAGGGAAGAUACGAAAUCAUUCUUAGUCUAUGCGUUCUUGGAAACAUCUGGUUACUACACGCGAUAGUUUACUAUAAUCUCCAACAUUUAAAUCAGUAUCAAAAUGGGACAGAUAUUGAGGAUGAAGGCGAAUAUGAUCUUGAAAAGGUCACAUUAAAACCAGGUUUAGACACGUUAAUUGGGACAAAAUAUGUGCCUAUAACUUUACAUCGAGAAUAUUUAAUGGAAAAUAAACAUUUGUGUACUUCUGUGAAAAACCUAACUUUGAUAGUGACCGCUUACACAGCUCCGGCAAAUUUUGACAGACGACAAAUUAUGAGAGGGUCAUGGCUGAAUAACUCUAACUACGAAGGUCUGGGUACAACAAAAGUUGUCUGGCUUUUAGGAAGAACUUCAAACGCAACUCUUCAGAAAAUGAUCGAAGAAGAAUUCGAGCAAUAUGGCGACAUUCUUCAAGGGGACUUUGUCGACCAUUAUUUCAACUUAACACAUAAAGGUGCGAUGGGUUUCAAAUGGGUGGCAGAGCGUUGCCGAAACGCUAAGAUCGUUUUAAAGGCCGAUGAUGACAUGAUACUAAACAUGAAACAAUUGUACACACACAUUCUUCCUAAAACAAUCCUCAACCAGAAACGCCAUCUUUACUGCUAUAGAAACCCCCACAGUCAAAUAUUGAGGGACAAGAAACUGAAAUGGUUUAUAAACGAGAACGAGUUCAGAGGUGACGUCAUAUUUCCGGUUUAUUGUGAAGGGCCAGCUGUAUUUAUGACAAACGAUAUUGUCCCGGCUCUUGUGAAAUCUGCCAAAAUGUUACCAUUCUUUUGGCUGGAAGAUGUAUAUCUGUACGGUGUGGUUCUACAGAACGUGCCCGGAUUGACGUACACCCAGUUUGGUAGAGGUGUAGAGUAUGAUCUCCAUGGUAAACGCGUGAUUAAAUGCUUCCGGGAGACACUGACCACGUGCACGUUUAUGAUUGCGGCUUGCUCGAACCAGACCGACAUGAUAGAGGUGUGGAAAUAUAUGCAGCAACAGAAUGCAAUGUACUUACCUCAUCUGAUGGAGCGGAUAUUUGAAAACAUGGUCCUUCCACCACAACCUUAACUGAUUUUGUCCAUCAAAAAUAAUAAAUGUUUGGUUUUAUUAAGGAAAGAAACCUGAAUGGCAUACGUUAUGCUGAAAAUAAGGAGUCAAAUGUUUUAUCAUUUACAUAUACAUACAGAGGUAAAGAAAGAUAUAUAACAUCACCUACAUUCUGUGUCUACCAACAACUUGUAUUAUACAAUUUAAGUUAAACUGUUUAGAAUGUAUAUUAACAAAGCAUGCCCGGGCAAACUGGCUCCAAAAAUCCCAUGAUUGUUUUAGUGUUUCACAAUUUCAUUUGACAUGUUUGUUCAAGUUUUUUUAACAGAUACGAAUACAGUGAAGACUCUUUAAUUUAGAACACCAUCCAGUGGAAGACGAAAUAUUUUGGAUAUUAGACAAAGGAUUACUUUAGGGAGAAUGUUAUAAACUGCUUUUGUAACAGAGUUAUAGCUGUAUAGAAGGCCGCUCUGUAAAAAAUGAACUGUAUUUUGCAAAAUCCAUAUUCGAUCGUUAACAUAUUCAGUUAUGUUAGUUAAGUUUGCUUUGACUAUGUUUUUAGACAUCUUUUCUAGGUGCCUGUUUGCACGGAAGGGCGCCUAAGGUCUUCAUCCACCAGUAAAGCAGGACAACCACUAUUUAACCUAUGACCUAAGACCCAAGAAAAAUAGGAAUGUUUCACGUAUGUUUUACUGGUCUGAUAUUAAAGUUUGAUGGCUUUAGAUAUUUUGAAGUAUACCUAGCUAGUCUUCUUUAAAAACGAAUUUGAGCUUGGCAUUUUCCUUAUUAAUGUUAAAUAGUCAAUGUUGAGUGGUACUGUUCAAUUUCUAAUUAAAAAUAAACAUUAAGUACUGUUGAAGUUAUGACAAUCUGUUCUAAGUCAUUUUCAAAUACUAAAAUUGACAGAUUAGUAAAGCCUGUUUCUUUAUAGUUUACACCUAGAAUGUUAUUUUGUUAUCGUUUAUGAAAUUAUGUCUAUUAAUGUUGGCAUUUCAUUGUUUGUGUAAAAAUUUAUGUUAGAAAUUGUGUUAAAAAUUGUAUAUUUAUGUUACAAUUUGAUUGUUUUGCAUUGACAUUGUGUUUAUGUUCAAACUUUAUUAUUUGCAUUGAUAUUGCGUGUUUAUGUUAACAUUUGAUUAUUUGAAUUGUCAUUGUUUCUGCUGAAAUUGACAGUUUAUGUUGAAUUUAAGUUUAUGUUUACAGAUAAGAUUUGAGUCAUUAUAGUAUUAGAUUAUGUUAAUCGUUAAUCAAUGUAUGUGUAACACAAGUUUUAGAUUAGUUUACGGUAAACACAAGUAAAUAAUGUUUAUUUUAAA